AUGGAUAACUCACAAGGGUUGCGAUUUGACGAUGCAUUGCUAGGCAAUCCGUUCGCGGAUGCCAUUUCACCUUCUCAGUCUAGAGAGACAUCCCAAGCGGAAGAACCUCAGCAUGAGCAACACAAGCAGCAGCAACCCGAACAGUCCCCCAGUACAACACCGAGUUUUGAAGACGGACAACAGCAACUUCAAUACCAUGAACAAGAAGAUACGUCUUCACCGGCCGAACAGCAACAGGAGGAGCAAGAGAUAGUAGCGGAAGCAGAAGACGAAGAGCAAGAAUUUGUCGAGCAACAACAACAACAGCAGCCAGUACUGACUACGAGUAAUAGCAGUAGUAGAAACAAUAGCAGCAGUAUCGGUAGUGGCGUUAGUAGCAACAGUGCGAAUCAAUACCAAAACAAUAGCGUUGUAGAAGGCAUGGCGUCUUUGAAUGUCGACAAUGAAGUACCGUUUACGGUAGCUGACGAGCCUUCUACGAUUGACAAUGGCUCGGAUUAUAGUCAGUCAGAAAGUUUGGAGAUACCGAAAAGUGGGUCACGACCAUUUUUCCAUGUUACAGUACAAGAUCCUCAAAAAGUUGGGGAUGCCAUCAAUGCACAUAUCGUGUACAAAGUCAAAACAAAGACCAAUUCACCAGUAUUCCGAGCGCCCGAGUUUGUGGUUGCACGUCGAUACCGCGAUUUCCUAUGGUUAUACAAUCAGCUGACGCUAGGCAACCCGGGUGUGAUUGUUCCGCCUGUGCCUGAGAAACAUGCAUUAGGUCGAUUCCAAGACGAAUUUGUUGAAUCUCGAAGGAUAGCACUGGAGCGAUGUUUACAAAAAAUUGUAUCGCAUCCUAUGCUCUAUGGUGACCCAGAUCUCAAAGUAUUUCUUGAAAGUGAAUCCUUUAAUGUGGAGAAACGACAAAAGCGAGCAGAGCCAGAUACACCCAAAGUCAGUUUAAUGCGAUCAUUCGGAGAAACCAUAUCAAAUGCAGCAAGUAAUCCGUUCUCAAAGUUUAUUGAAGUGGAUGAAUGGUUUGCGUCGAAGCGAACGCAGUUGGAGACGUUGGAAAAUCAGCUCAAGGCAUUACUGAAGAGUGUGGAGGGGGUUGUGAAACAAAGAAAAGAGUUAGGAGGAUCGAUUGCCGAUUUUGGGGAGAGCAUGAUCCCUCUUGCUUCGGCUGAACUGGAUCGUGGUCUGUCUACGCACUUGAUGGUUUUGGCGGAUGUUCAAAAAAGGAUGAAAGAGCUGCAUGAGCAACAGGCCCAUCAUGACAUCCUAACAUUAGAACAUACCAUCGAUGAAUAUAUCCGGAUAAUAGGAUCCAUCAAGCUGGCAUUCAAUGCACGCAUUAAGGCAUAUCAAGCAUACCAGCAAGCUGAAUCAGAAGUACAGAAAAAGCAAGCCGUAUACGAUCGAUUGAACAGUCAAUCGAAAAAGCCAGAACGACUUGCUGUAGCAGAACAAGAGAUCACAGAGGCAAAACAACGGAUGACAGAAUACCAUCGAGAGUUCCAAGACGUUUCAAAGCUGAUCAAGAACGAGCUGGAUCGGUUUGAUCAUGAGAAAGUGGAAGAUUUCCGGGACAGUGUAGAACAAUUUCUAUGCAGCAUGAUCGAGCAUCAAAAACAGAUAAUUGCCUUGUGGGAAUCCUAUUUUGAACAAACCGAGCAACUGGUGUCUGAUGCAACAACCACAACAGCAACUAGCGCAGCAGCUGCAGAAAGCCAAUGAUAUCACAUCCGUCCAUUUGUAGUCAUCAUCUCAAAAAUAAUAGCAAAGAUACCCUUAAAAUAGUUUUGUUUAUG